AUGGAUCAGGAAUUUAAACUCUUCUUAAGAAAAUUGACAUCAAGUGUUAUUUUCGGAACUUACUUUGGAUUUGCGAUGAGUAUCUAUUUCAGAAAACGAUUUGUAAGUUGUACUGCACUCUCAAUAGGUACUUUAAUGGGUUAUUAAUACUGUGAGACUAAUAAGAGGUUUGGAAUGAUUGGGCACAUUGCAGCAGAUCCUUAGUAUAAACCUCCAGAAAAGUAGGGAAAGUAUCUUACAGAUGAAUAGAUUCUUUCAAAGCUUACAGAUCUAAAUGGACAUUGA